UGCGUACUUGCGUGCCUGCGGACGCUGCACCCACGUGCCACUGAGCUCACCGCGACCCGGACCCGGGCCGGGCUCCGCCCCGUUUUUGUGGCUCGGGCCCGGCUAUCUGGCGCAGAGGGGGCUGGGCUUGUAGGAGCCGCAUCCCUGAGGUCGGGCUGGGAGGACGGGCCGGGGCCGGGGCCGGGGCCAUGCUGGGCAAGGACUACAUGUUAGCUAUCAUCUUGGUCAACUGCGACGAUGAUUUAUGGGGUGACCAGAGCCUAGAGGGAGAACCAGGGUUGCCUCCUGGGUGGCGGAAGAUCCAUGAUGCUGCUGGCACUUAUUACUGGCAUGUACCCAGUGGCAGUACUCAAUGGCAGCGCCCAGUCUGGGAACCUGGGGAUUCUAUACCACCUGACUCGGGCACAGAAGGGGCUUGGGGAUUACGACCCCCCAAAGGGAGAUCCUUCUCUAGCCUGGAAAGCUCACUGGACCGAAGGACUUCUCUGCCCUGGUGUGGGGAAGAAGCUUACAUCCGAAACAUGGAACCAGGCUCCAAGUGCUUUGCAGUACGAUCUCUGGGCUGGGUGGAGGUGCCCGAGGAGGACUUGGCACCAGGAAAGAGCAGCAUUGCCGUCAAUAACUGCAUUCAACAAUUGGCACAGAGCCGGGGACAAAGCCGCCCACCUGCUAGGGCCUGGGGUGAGGGUCAGAACAUGUUGAUGAUUCUGAAGAAGGACACUAUGAGUCUGGUGAAUCCCCUGGACCACAGCUUAAUCCACUGUCAGCCACUUGUGCACAUCCGAGUUUGGGGUGUGGGCAGUACCAAUGGCCGGGAUUUCGCUUUUGUGGCGGGUGACAAGGAUACCUGCAUGUUGAAAUGCCACGUAUUUCGCUGUGAUGUUCCAGCCAAGGCCAUUGCCAGUGCCCUGCAUGGGCUGUGUGCCCAGAUUCUGUCAGAGAGAGCAGGGGUGAGUGGUGAUCCUCCUCGAUGUUCCCUGGACCCCAUCUCCCCUGAGGAUCUACCCAGGCAAGUGGAGCUUCUUGAUGCGGUGAGCCAGGCUGCCCAGCAGUAUGAGGCUCUCUACGUUGGGACCUUGCCAGUCAGAAAGGCCAUGGGGAUGGAUGUGCUGAAUGAAGCUAUUGGGGCCUUGACAUCCCAGGGGGACCGUCAUUCCUGGACCCCAACUAUACUCAGCGUCUCUGACUCACUCAUGACUGCAUUGCCUGCCCAGGGACAGGCAGAGUUGUGUGCAGAAGAGGAGCCAUUGUGGCAAUGUCCAGUACGACAUGUGACCUUCAUUGGUGUUGGCCAUGAUCCCCACACCUUCGGACUCAUUGCUGACCUUGGUCACCAACAGUUCCAGUGUGCUGCCUUCUGGUGCCAGCCUCAUGCUGGGGCACUAUCUGAGGCUGUUCAGGCUGCAUGCAUGGUACAGUACCAGAAAUGUCUUGUGGCCUCUGCUGCCCGAGGGAAGGCCAGGGGUGCCCAAGCCCGGGCUCGACUUCGACUCAAGAGGACAAGCUCUGUGGACUCUGCAGGAGGACCCCUGCCUCUCUCACUCCCCUUGCUCAAAGGUGGAGUUGAAGGUGCAGGGGCUGCCCCCCGUAAAAGAGGUGUAUUCUCCUUCCUUGACUCCUUUCGACUAAAACCCUCUUUACUGCAUAUGCCCUAGAUGGAGAUGAGAAAGGUUGGGAAGGGAGGCUUUGGGCCCUGCCAGCAGUUUCACACCACUCAUAUUCUAGGAGCCCAACUGGCCACCCUACCACCUCCCUAUUCUCACUUGCCCCUAUGACCUGUAGAGUCUUCCUUACUUACCCCUCAUCUUCCUGCCUGGCCCAUCCCUAUCUCUUCUAUUAAUAUAUUAUUGAUUUAUAUUGAAUAUUUAUUAGCCUUCUCUGGGUUGACUGCAACCUCUGUCCCCAUCCCAGACCCAUUUCCCUCCUUCUUCCUGGUUCCUGUGACCCCUGCCCCUGUCCAGUCCUGGGCAGUUGGCUCUACCUCAGCAACACUUUUUAAAAAGCAAAAUCAAUGCAAAUAAAAUCUCAGAGUGGCCUCGCUGGGUGUGACUGUGCUGCCAAGGAAGGAGUCAGUGACUAUUUUUGUGUUUGGUGCUAGUAGUUAUGGAUGUUAUGGUUCAUCUGGAAAGAGUAUAUCCUGGAGGAAAUUUGACUAUCUCCUCUUGCAGAAGAGGGAGUGGAGGGGGUCCAGAAAGCAGAGGAAUUUUGAAUGAAACUACUAUCUUCCAAUCCUAGAGAUCUUAAUCAGUAAGAGCUAUCAGUAGACAUUAAGUACCUACCAAGUUCCAGACAUUGGUGUGGAUGCUGGUAAUAAAAAGAUGUGAAAGUCUCUGUCCUUAGGAAGCUGACCAUUCUAUUGGGGGAGGGUUGUGGAGGUGCAAUAUGUACACUUUCAAAUAAGUACAAAACAGCAUAAUAAAAUACUGUACGACAGAAAAUAAAUAUAAGGUAUUAGAGCAAAGAAGCAUUCACAGCUGGGGGAGUUGGGAAAAGCUUCAUGUCCUACCUGCAAGCAUAAGAAUUGAACUUUGAAGGAAGGGAGGGAUUAUAAAAGGUAAAGAAAGUACAAUCCAGGUCUGGGGCACAGAUAUAGGGAUGGAUUGUUAUAUAUGAGGGAUAGUAAGAAUCCUAUUCGACUAGACAGAAAAGCGAAGGCAAGUAAGGUGGAAAGGAAGGUUGAAGCUAGGUUCUGUGAAGGCCUCAAGACUUACAUGCCAAAGAGAGAGUCUACACUUGCCUUAGGCUGCUGGGUGGCACAGUGAAUCCAAUGUUGGAUUCAGAGUCAGGUUAUUUGAAGCUUGCCUCACAUGCUUACUGUAACAUGUAAGUUAAACUUUCAGUCUCAGUUUUAAAAAAAAAUUAAAAAAAUCUUUUUGUUUUGUA